GCGGGGUGCUGCAACCUGUUCGCCAGAUGUUGAAAGCACGACAACCUUUUGCUGCAACCGGGGCAAACUAGUUUUUUUUUUCCACAAUACCCCACUGGGAGUUUUUCCUACUGACUUUGUUUUGCUUGAAUCCACUUUUGUUUUUGCUGGAACCUAGUAAUUUUUGAUUCAAUUGGCAAAUGAAUACUUUCAGAUUCUUUUUUGCCUGACAUGACGGUGCAAGCCUCCGACUCGCGGCUAGCCGGAGGCGGUGAUGCUGCUGAUGCUGCAACCAUGGUCACCGUGCCCCGGCCAGUGUGUCAGGGUCGCAACCAUGAUGACCAAGGGGAGCGCUACUCUGUUUUCUGUUGCAACUGGCGCUGCUGCGAGCCAACUGACGACAGGAGGAGGCGGGUUGCCGUCGGAGUAGGGGUUCAGAGUCCAGGUAUCACCCGCAGUCCGUACCGUAGACAAAUCAACGAUUUCCCAACGCGUAUGUACAUAUAUAUACUUCAACUCGUUGUAUCUCCACCUCCCUGCCUAAACUUGUUACUUGCCUCCUGGCGAUCGAACCUGCGUGCACCGGCACGGACGCCAUGGCAGCUUCCGCCGGAAAGAAAGAGGCCGCCUGGCUACGAGCGGCUGGAGAAGCUGGGAGCGGGCAUCAACGGGGAAGUGUUCAAGGUGUGGGACACCCAGGACAACCUGAUCGUCGCCGUCAAGCGGCUCAGCGGGAGCGGCGACGACGGCUUCAUUAUUUCCGGCCUACCGGAGGUCAUGCGGGAGGCCAUGUGCCUGGGCGCGUGCCGCGGCAUCCCCUCGAUCGUGCAGCACCGCCGGACCUACGCUGACGCUUGCCAAUCCGAGACCGGCGACUCUUUCAUCGUGAUGGACUACGUGGGGCGCCUCAACCUACGCGGCUACAUGCAGCGCCGGGUUCGUCGUCGUCGGCCGUUCUCCGAGGACGAGGUGCGCCGGAUCAUGAAGCAGCUCGUGGAGGGGGUGAAGGCCGUGCACGGCGUGGGCGUCCUGCACCUCGACAUCAAGCCGGAGAACGUGCUCCUCGACGACGGCACCGAGGACAGGAUGCAGAAGCCCAAGGAACCAGUCGAAGCCGAUGUUCGCAGCGAGAUCAAGGACGACCGCAUAGUCUACAAGAUCGGCGGUUUCGGGAUGUCCACGAAAGGGCGGGGGAAGGAGCAGCCGGAGGUGAUUAUUCUGACGCCGUACAGCGCGCCGGAGCUCCUGCUGCACUCGCGCGAGUACAACGAUCGCGUGGACACGUGGGGGCUCGGAUGCAUAAUGGCCGACCUCCUCUCGGGCACCGGCGCCUCCAUUUUCGACGGCGAGUCGGACAUAGAGAUCAUGGCCAAAGUGUUUGGCAUCGUCGGCACGGAGGGGAUCAAGGAGUGGUCUGGAUACUCGGGGCUAGCGGCAGACCGGAAGUCAAAGCUGCCGGGUGACGGAGGCGUCAGCCGCCUUCGGCACAAGUUUCCCAGUCGCAUGUUGUCGUCGGCCGGCUUCGAGGUGCUCAGCGGGCUGCUGGAGAGCAACCCGGAGAAGCGGCUUACCGCAGCGGAGGCGCUCAAGAAGCCUUGGUUCCGCAAACAACGACGUGGCUUUGCUGGUUUCUUCAAGUCGUGCAUGGUUGGAGUCCUACCGGAGACAUAGAAUUUACUGUACAUGCUUUGUCUUUUAGCGUGUUCUCCUAAAUGAUUGUAUAUUUCAGAGCUAUACCCUAGUGUAUCAUUGCUUAAGUGUUGCAUCAAAGAGAUGUUUCGUUUAAUCGGCUUA